GAUGGCCUACCCGGAAUUAGAUUGGCGGGUGUUCUUACGGCCGAAUUCGAACUCGCGCUACAGUUUAUCGACAACAACAGCCAACUUAUCAACUAGAUUAUCUAUAUCUAUUCAAAGUGUUCCCCGGGUUCGUGAAGUAUGCAAAUUUCAAUACAUAGGCAGGUUAAACGUUUAUCUUUCUUGUCCAGAAAAGCUAGAGAUGAUACUGCUUCAGAACGGGAUUACCACAGAACAGCUGACUUUGCUAGAUGAACAACCCGAAUUAUCGUCGACUAGACCAUUUCUUCCUCUUGAAUGGUUCGAUGAUUUUGAGUACGAACCUAUGUCAACCGAACGGUGGUUGUCCAUUGAUAACCUGCAAGCAUUCGCACUGGUUCGAAAAGACAAUGGAUCCGAUUCAGGUUGGGGCUGGAUAAGUGUAGUAGUUGUUGAUUAUAUUAGCGAGCAUUUCUUGUGGACGGUAAUGAACAAUGGUGAUUCGUGGAAUGUUCCUCGUUGGAGACUGUAUUUCGUGUACGAAAAUCCAUUCAAUUUUUGUGAGCGACUAAACACGGCUCUACAGCAAAGGAGUUUAAGAGAAAAUCACCUGAAGUAUUCGUAUCUUCUGCAAUCGAUGAACGUAGGAGACUAUUUUGACUUAUCAGAUUCCGUUAAAAGUCGUUUAGCAAAACGAACGAAUGCCGAAGUGAUUGAAACAUUCCAGGCUUUGUAUUGUAAAUUUCAUACCGGCUUGUCGCUAAACAAAUGUUUGAUGGAGUAUCCAAAACUAAACAUCAAUCCAGUUCACAUAAUGACUGUUGACAAAAUUACUUCCAGUUCUAUUGAUGAUUGUAGAAAAUUGUACUCUUAUCGGGAUGUGUUCGCUCUGAAUAAACGUAUAUGUUUGCUAUCGCAUCCGGCUGUAUACGAUGCCUUAAAAAUGGUUAAUGAAGAGUGUGAAGUUCUGCAGCAGAAGUCACUGUAUUCGCUUAAUAUGAAGGAACCUAUUACAUUAACUGAUUUUGAAACAGAGAAUAAAGCCCAAUUAAAAAUAACUUUGCGAUAUCUUCAAAAUAAUUGGAUUGAGCAAACAACUAUGCAGGCACAUACAAACUUACUGCUAGCUGGCAGAGGUUGGUUUGAUGUAUCCGUAGACGACUGGACCAUUUAUCAGUUCAUGAAGCUGUUUCGUCUCGUUGAGCAGAUCAAGCAACGAAUGCAGACCGCGUUGCGUGAUUUGGUUCUUACCUCAACUGAUAGAUUCUACCACUGUAUAUGUGAUUCUAGCCGGUUGUGUUUGUUAGUAGAAGAAAAUUUUCGAUGGACGGAAAACCUCAUCGAGUCUCCUUUUGAAUCUGGAGAACAACCGGUAUUUUACUUACUGUUGCAAAUGGGUGAUGAAGCGCCAUUUUAUUCUACUGAACCGGAUGAGUUUGAAGCUACCAUGAAAUCAUUGUUCAACGAAGCGAUAAUUCGUUCACAUGAUGUUCAUCUCAUUGAUCCGACUUUGUUUGGUUCUUUGAUCUUUGCAACCGACUUGUAUUUAUCCUCCGUGGGGCUACAGGAUCCCGUGAUAGAAAAGAGAAGAAACCAUAUUAUUCUGUGUUGUCAAAAAACUAUUAUCCCUUUGAAAGCUUACGCACAUCGUUAUAUCGAGUUCAAGGAACUGUUUUUCACGAAUAUCACGGAGUACGUGGAAAAUAUUAAGUUGACUAAAACAUCGCUGCAAGUGAAAGAGGAAAUCUCCUUUCAGAUACGAAUGCGGGAGAGUUUGGAAAAAACUCUCCCACUCAGCAUUGUCAUUGGUCCAUUUUGGGUAAAUGUUAGGCCUCUUCGAGAAGCAUUAAUUCAGAUGCGGAAAGAUCUAACUGCCGCUAUUUUGCAAAUGUUAACCAAGCGGUUAAGAGAUAAAACCUCGGAUAUUGUUGCUGACUACACGGAAAUCAUUGACAGAAUGUGUGACAAACCGGUAUCAAUUGAGCACAUUUGUGAGAUCCGUGAAUUCAUGGAAAGCAUUCCAGAUUUGCUACAAGCGCUUGAAGAACGCAUGAAAACCGUGGUGUUUGAGUAUGAGAUUUUAGAUUAUUUUCGUUGCGCUCUGCCUGAUGCAGAUUUUUAUCAAAAGUGGCAUGCGUUAGCUUUUCCGCAAAGUAUUUUAAAGCAAAUGGAUUCAGUGUACGAGGUUCAGGACAGUGAAGUGGAUAAAUAUCGAAAGCAGCAGGUCAGUGAUGAAGCCGGUUUCGGGAGUCAAGUUGAAGAGAUUAACGUGUAUGUAUCGAAGUUCACAACUGUGUAUGAUGUAAGUAAAGUUGCGGAGGUGUCGGUUGAAGUAAAGAAACUGUGGAAAAAUAUAAAAGAGUUACUUCAGUACGGCGAGACACUUAAUAAACGACAGGAACUUUUUGAGAUGCCCUCGAUCGAUUUAUCGAGUCUUUUGGAGUUGAAAGAAAAUUUUGUGGCAUACAAAAACCUUUGGUCCUAUGCAGCGGAAUACAUUAACGCCGAGGAAAGUUGGCGAGAAAACCCUCUCUCAAGCGUGGAAGGCGAAACAGUCAACAGAACCCUACAGCAGUACCAACAUUCUUUCGAGGGAUUGUUCGACUGUUUUGAAGAUCAACCGCAAAUUCAGGACGUUGUUCAAAUGUUUCUUACUAGAGUGGAAUCGUUCAUACCUAACUUAACGAUAAUUGAUCUUCUGCAGCAUCCUCUACUAGAACCAAUUCAUUGGGCUCAGUUUGCAAAAGUCGCAGGGAUCAAAGUAAAAGUGUCACUGGCCACGAACUUAAUUUUUUUUCUGGAAUAUAAUAUUAGUGAUCACUUGGAUGCACUGCGCAGUAUUAUAGUUGAAGCCGAACAGCAAAAAGAGGAAACCGAACGAAUUCGAGCUGAGGAGGAGGAAAUUAUGCGCCAACGGGAGCAAUAUGAACGAAACCGAAUGCAAAGGCGAUUAAACAGACCAGAAAUCUAGUUAUAAUGAGAUGCUUUGAA